GGAGAAAAGCAUGACAGGUCCAAUGUGAGGUUAUGUUCCCUCAUCUAGGAGCCUUUACAAAAAGACAAAAAACAAUAUAAUAAAUUAGUCAUAACUGUGAAACAGAAGGUGUGACGUCUAACAGGUGAACCGAGCCAUUACCUGUUAAAUGAACAUAUUUUGGUGGUUAACCAACAAGGUACAGUAAACUAAAUGUUACCUAACAGUGUCACCUACCUUUAAACUGGACACCAGCAUGAUGGGGAAACAGUGAUUAUCUUUUCUCCAGGGUGUUUAAGUGAUAAUGAAAUAUAUGGUACUGUAAAAAUCAAGGUGUUAAAGGGCAAAUAUGCAAUCUUAGGAGCUAAAUUGAGCCCAGUCGCGACUACAGUCUCAAAGGUCGCCGUCAUUUUCAUGUUUCACGUUAAGGUUAUCUGUUUUGAGUUGUGAAACACUGGAAAAACAUCCUAAAUGAGACUUUCAGACCACCUGUUUUCAAUGCCGAAUGAAAACCGCAGCUGUUUUUAGUUCGUUUUAUCGCUGCUUGUCCCGCUGGUUCAAGAAAGCGCUGAACUUGGUGACGAUGCGACGGCUUUUAACGCGACUGAUCAGCCGGGUUUUGUUGAGGGAGCGGAUCUUCACUCCGGCGAUGGGCGUCGAGGCAGAAACACACACACACGGCCGCCGCAGGCUGGUGGUGGGGCUGGGGAACCCGGGGAUGGACGGGACCAGACACAGCGUGGGCAUGGCGGUGCUCGGCGCCCUCGCUGCCCGGCUCGGCGUGGCUGACCGUUGGCGCGGCGACAAGCACGUGUCCGGUGAGGUCAUCGAGUCAGAGAUCCAACACACACAAGUGGUGCUGCUCCGUCCCAGGCUGCUGAUGAACGUCAACGGGGUGUCGGUGGCCAAAGCAGCGAGUAAAUACGGCGUGAAGCCUGAGGACGUGCUGCUCGUCCACGACGACCUGGACAAACCUCUGGGCAAAGUGGUCGUCAAGCAGGGAGGCAGCGCCCGGGGUCACAACGGAGUCCGGUCCUGUGUCGACUGUCUGCACACCGACGUGAUGCCCAGGCUGCGGGUGGGGAUCGGCAGACCGGCGGGGAGAACGUCGGUGGAGCGUCACGUCCUGGGACGUUUCUCCCAGGAGGAGCAGAAGGUUCUGGGCUCGGUCCUGCAGCAGAGCGUCGACCUGCUGCUCUCCCAGCUCUCCCAGCAGGCCGCUCAGUCCCCCUCCUCACCAGCAGGGGGAGGACAAGCAGCACAGAAGAGGAAGCAGGAGGAGCGAGCGGCUUCACCGGCCUCAGAGCCGCUUCCUGAAGCUCAGCGUCCACCACCGUCUUGACUGCUGAGCCCAACUCUGGGACCAUCCAGGGAAAAAAAAAAAAAAAAAAAACAUGACAACACUCCUGCCUCAAGUGCAAACA